GUUUGCUCAAUACAUGACUCACUGAAGUUCCAAGGACUGCAAUACACAAUUGUCUUUAUUAUUAUUUUGAUUACAAUUGAUCUAAUGUGUUUCUUCUUGAUCCCUGUGUCAUGGAUUUACACAUUCGGUAGUGCGUAUGUGUGGCUAUACUUUUUUCGACACACUGAUCAAGGGUUGUGUUUCCUCACUUUGUCGCUGUGUUUUGUUUUCAUAUAUUUUGAAUUUAGUCUCUACUCAAAAGCGACAAAAUUCACUCACAGCAUUUAUGUUUUCCGUCCAUUUGCAGCACACAGUAUUGGCUACUCGGUAGUAUGUGUGGGAUUUUCUCUAAAACGGUACCUGGAUAUCAGCUAUCGAGAUUUUAAAAGAAUGAAUGUUAGAAGGCAAAAUUACCUGCAUUUUCGAAUUCUUUAUGAAGCUCUCCCACUGUCGUCGGUAAACGACAACGCUUACGUUCAACAUAGUCUUGAUUAUUUUCAAAAGGAUUCCCUAGAAGUUCAUGAAGUUGCAAUGUCUGAUGAUUUCUCAUCAGAUUUUUAUAGUCGAUCGGUAUUCAUACCUUUUCGCUUUGGUCAAUUAUGUUUUGGUCGUUUAGUUCGUUGGUUUUUCGGCUAUCUCAGAUCUGUUGAUAAACAAUACUUGGAUUUUGAUAGGUAUGCUUUACCUGUUUUAUCACAUUGGUAUUUUAAAAUCCCAUAUUAUAAGCUAUAUGCUCUGCUUGAAUUAAGGAAUGUAUUUCAACUGGUGUAUCUUAAAUUGUUUAUAAAAUAUUCGUGGAACAAUAACGCAUAUUAUUCUUUGGACCUAACAUUUUGAAAUUCCAUCAGACAAAUUGAGCCGUUCAUUUUUCUGUCGAGCACAUAUAACAACUGUUGAGAGUGAAUGGAUUUCGGCCCAGUGGUCUAGAAGUUAAGUGUUCGCGUGUGAGACCGAAGGCUCUGGGUUCGAAUCUCGUGAGCGGGACCGUGGAUGCGCACUGCUGGGGAGUCCCACAAUAUGAAGAUGCAGCCGCUCAGUGCUUCCACGUUUUCAAUGGUGGUCUGACAUCGAGCGGUUCAUGAUCUCAAUGGUUUCCAUAAAGUUUGGCCCAUACACCCCAAAUGUCUCUUCUUAAUUUCUUCUUCAACUGGUUGCCGAUGGGUUCUGUAAUAGAGUAGGUUAUUACUGAUGGUGUUUGAUCAACGCAUCUAGAGUAUCUUGUGUAUACAACUGUUUAUAAAUAUAUGUACUUUUUUUAUGAUGGUUAUAGUAGUUCUCAAAAUUUCAGCUCCGUACAAUAGUACUGCCUUGAUUUUCUUAUUGAAGAUUCUGACAGUUUUUUGAGUUGCAGAUGUUCUUCAAUCUUAUGAAUGUUGGUCUUGCUUUGUCAGUCCGUGCCUCAACGCCUGCAUCACAUCCCGCUUGCUUAUCAGUGAUACUGCUGAGGUUCGUAAAAGUUUCCACCUCCAGAGCUUCCCCAUGAAGUUUAACUUGGUUGGUCUUCGCUUUAUAUUUUAGGAUAUUACUUUUUCUCAUGUGAAUGUUGAGGCCUGCUGCUGUGGAGACUGACACUACUUUGACUGUCUUCACCUGUAUUUGUUGCUGUGAAUGGGAUAGAGAAGCUAGGUCAUCUGUGAAGUCCAAAUAGUCUAUCUGCAUCCAAGCUAUCCACUGUAUUCUGUGCUUCCCCUCAGAUAUGGAGGUCUUCAUGAUCAACUUAACCACCAGAAGAAAGAGAAAGGGGGAUAGUGAGCAGCUUUGUCUGUCAUUGGUCUUCACUUGGAAUACAUUUUUGAACCGCACUCAAUGCAUAAAGUUGCAGUGCAGUCUGUUGUAAGAAUUCCGUACGAUUGUGACAAUCUUCUCAGAUAGAUCAUAGUGUCGAGGAACGUCCCAUGAGGUCCUCCUAUCCACUCUGUCGAAUGCUUUUCCAUAUUUAAGUAAGUUGGUGCGUAGUGAUGAGUUUCAUUCGAUUGAUUGUGUCGCCAUUUGGCCGGUGCAUAGUCGAUCCUUACAAAAUCCAGCAUGUUUGUCUAGAAGUUGAACAUGUACUGAAUCCUUCA